AUGUGGGCAAGGGUCAGAUCACAUAGGACCCCGGAGCCCAUGUCAGGGAGGCCCUGUAGGCAGUUCUGGAAGACCACUCCGGUGGGGGGUGGGGAGAAGGGAGGUCAGGGUGUCAGGAGACCAGCUGGGAGGAUGUUGAUGUGAAGCCGGAGAGAAGAGCUGGUGUCCCAGACUUGGCAUGGCGGCAGCGGGGACAGAAAGAAGCCAAUUUGGGAGAGAUCAGGAGGUAAAACCAGCAGGACUUGGUGACAGGUUGUGUGGGGGGUGAAGAAGGGAAGGGGCAAGGAUGACCAUCAGGGAUUCUAUUUGUACUGACUGAAUAGCUGAGUGUGGUUGGGGGGUGACCGUGCUGUUCACGGGGUUGGACAACACGGGCGGGUCACCUAUUUGGAGAGAUGAUGAGCUUAGCUUUGAACAUGUUGUUUUAAUGCUCGUGGGACAUCCACGGAAUCCAAAAUGCAGUGGGACCUGGAUGUCGGGUCUCUGGAGAGGGGUCUGGGUCAGAGCAGAGGUGAGCCACUGGGGCGGGUGUGUGGGGUUUGACAGCCAGGGAAUGAACGAGGGCAAUGUUGAGUGUUCGUGAAGCACAAGAAAAGGAGAGAGCCAAAGACCGAGCUCAGGGGGGAGGCUGGCUUUCCACGAAGGACAGAGGAAGGGAAUCUACGGAGAUUGAGAAAGGCCAGAGAAGUCAGCAGGAAACGAGUGGCAUGAGUGCCAAGGUUGGAGGGGCCGUGGGUACGCAGUGCAGAAAGCGAGUAAGAUCAUAAUGGGAAGUGUCCGACAGCUACAGAGGGGUGGGGGGCACUGGUGACCUCAACCACAGUGGAGCCAGUGGGUGGGGGGACCCGUGCUGGAGAGUGGGAAGGCAGAGGGCGGUCAGGGUUAAAAUUGGCAACUGCGAAGGGGAAGCAAGUGGUAGCUGGAGGCUGGACUCGGGGGUGGUUGGAGGACUCCGCUCCCAACCCACCACGUGGAGAUGGGAAGUGGGACAAAGAGAGCCACAAAGAGGGCUGGGGACGGUUGUGGAAGGAGGCGAUAAGGGCCUGUGUCCGGGAGGGUUACCGUUCCCGGGUCACAGGAGGGAGUCCCUAUCGGGCCAGCAUUUCCUCCCCAUGCCCACCCCCUUCCUGCCCAUGCCCAGGCUCUCUGUGGAGCUGGAAGACAGCAGGGCAGAGUCACACCCUGUGAGCAGCUGUGUGCCCUCGGAGGUCCUUCUGCAUGCCUGUAAGCUUGAGUUGGGGCCGGGGGUCGAGGCCGCUGAGGCACGGAUAAGAAUCCAGAACGUGGGGCCGUGGGGCUAGCAGUUUAGGCUUUCGGCGGCAAGGGUGGGAGAGAGCAGUGGGGGAGGACAGGAGCCGGGGUUGGGUUUCUGGUGGGUACGCUGCAGCAGGGACUCGAAUCGGGGGGAAUGAUGCCCAGCGCCCACAAGGUGCCCACACAUGUCCCCCCGCCCCCAGGUCCCCAUGCCUCUCCUCUUGCUGCUGCUCCUGCUGCCACGCCUGUCGUACCCCCAGGAGGUCUGUGAGGUCUCCCAGGUGACUACCCUGAUGGAAGUGAACUGUGACAACAGGGGCCUGAAGGUGCUGCCCGCGGAUCUGCCAGGAGACACAGCCAUCCUCCACCUGAGCGCGAACCCCCUGGGCGCCUUCUCCACGGCGUCCGUGCAGUCUCUGACCCGGCUGGCACGGCUGUACCUGCGUCAGAGCCAGCUAACCCGCCUGCAGCUGGAGGGGACGCUGCCUCGGCUGGAGAAGCUGGUCAUGUCCUACAAUAAGCUGAAGAGCCUGCCCUUGCUGGGACAGGCACUGCCGGCCCUCACCAUCCUGGACGUCUCCUUCAACGAGCUGACAUCGCUGUCUCCUAGCGUUCUGAGCGGACUAGGCGGGCUCCGUGAGCUCUACCUGCGUGGCAACAAGCUCAAGACUGUGCCCCCGGGGCUCCUGCGGCCCGUGCCCCAGCUGGAGAAGCUCAGCCUGGCCGACAACAAGCUGAAUGAGCUGCCCCUGGGACUCCUGGAUGGGUUGGGGAACCUGGACACCCUCUACCUCCAAGGGAACUGGCUGCGUUCCGUACCCAAGGGCUUCUUUGGGAACAUCUUCCUGCCUUUCACUUUUCUCCACAACAACCCCUGGUCCUGCGACUGUGAGAUCCUCUAUUUUGCUCGCUGGCUGGACAGAAACUCUGACAACGUCUACUUGUUCAAGGAGGGUGUAGACGCCAAGGCCAUGACUCCCAACGUGGAGAGCGUGCGAUGCGUCAACCUGGCCAACACACCCGUCUACACCUACCCAGGGAAGGGCUGCCCCAGUCUUGGGGAUGAGGAUGACCUAAGCUAUGAUGACUAUGAGAACGAGGAAGAGGUGGGAAAGGUCUCUGCCACACGGGCUGUGGUCAAGUUCUCCACCAACACCAGAGCCCACACAACCCAGUGGGCCCCGACGCACUCAGCAUCCGAGGCUUCCCCACACCGCCACGUGCCCCAUCUGCCUUCCACCCUCACGUCUGUGAAGAACCAGAGCCUGUUCCCAACCGCACCAGAGCCUAGCAUGGCCACCGCGCCCUGCCCCCCGCCCCCCACCCCCCUAAAGCUCACCAUGUCCCACCCCACACCCUCCACCAUGCCCCCCACCACCCUGAAGCCCACCAUGCCCCGGCCCAUGACGUCAACCACCUCAGGGCUCAUCACUUCUACCAUGCUCCCGAACACGCCUGAGCCUACGACGACCUCCACCAUGGCCCCUACCACCCCACAGCCCCCCAUCACAAUUCCAACCACCCCAGAGCUCAACACAACUUCUACCACGCCCCCAACCACCCCAGAGCCCACUACGACCUCCACCACGCCCCCGACCACCCCAGAGCGCACUACCCCCACCACCACCCCAGAGCCCACAACUCUAUUUCUCUCUGAACGGACCACAUUCUUUGAGAUCCCCAAAUUAACCUCACUCCCUACCAUUUUGGGAUACCCGAUAAGCCCCUCAUCUGUCCACCUCCCAGGGGCCCACGAGGUGGUUCGAGGGAAUCUGGAGAGCUCCAGAAAUGACCCUUUGUUCCACCCUGACUUCUGCUGUCUCCUUCCCCUGGCCUUCUAUGUGCUGGGUCUCCUCUGGCUUCUGUUUGCCUCUGUGGUCCUCAUCGCGCUGCUGGCCUGGGCCCGGGACGCGGAGUCACGGGCCCUGGCCACAGCCACACAGACGACAAAUCUGGAGCUUCAGAGGGGAAAGCAAGUGACUGUGCCCCGGGCCUGGCUGCUUUUCUUUCAAGGGUCCUUCCCUACUUUCCGCUCCAGCCUCUUCCUGUGGGUACGGGCUAACGGCCGCAUAGGGCCUCUGCGGGCAGGACGACGGCCCUCAGCCCUGAGUCUGGGUCGGGGUCAGGACCUGCUGGGCACAGUGGGCACUAGGUACGCAGGCCACAGCCUCUGAGGGUGGGCAGUUUGGGGACCUGCAGAGGCUGUGAUGGCUUUCCUCCUUGGAUCUAGAUGGGGGUGGGUGGGCAAGGAGUAUGAGGUCGGGGGGAGGCCUUCAUCACUUUUCCUUUACCAGAAACCUCUUCACAGCACACACACAACCUUGAACGCACAACCUCGGCGAGGCAGCAGGGGUGGAGAGCAAUGGGCAGGUCACAGGACAAAGCUCCUGGUUCUGGGACCACUAUGUCAUUACCGUCACCUUGGGGGAAGCUUGAGGGAAAAGCAAAGGGAACAGAGCAGGAUUCUCACACACAUACAAGGGAGGGAACUGGGAAAGUGCCGUAUCGAGACGGGGCCCCUGAUAGUCGCUGGGGAGCACAAACAUGGUGGUUUCCUUUUCUUCCCCCCUGUUGGGCAUUUCUUAGUUUUCCAGCCUUGUAUGGUAUUUGCAAAAU